UUGAAUGAUGAAGAAGGCUACGGGGAAGGAGGGUAAGGCUGAAACAUUGGUCUAUUGGGACAUCAAGGAGUUUCCGGUUCCACUUGGAUUUGAUGCACGCCGGAUCCGUCCUUGCAUUGAUGGGCUGUUGGUAUCUAAUGGAUACUCUGGUCCUGUCACCAUCUACGCCGUUGGCAUACUAACAGACGUCCAUGUUGACAUCCUUGGAGCUCUCUCUUCCACUGGGAUCAUUCUUUUGCACAGCGCCUUCUGUGUCACAGACAUCUUGGUAUUUGCGAGUGCGUGGAUGCACAAUAAUUCACCUCCAGCUAAUAUCUUGAUCAUAAGCGAUCCGGAUAGCUUCCCUACACCUCCGAGUGGAUACAACCUUUUCAGUCCGUUUCCAUAUUCUUCCCCUCAAGAAGACGCCAUCAGCUGGAUUAACUUAAUUCUGACAAUGUCAGGGACACUUGAGGAGGAUAAGUGCAGUGAAACGUAUGAAUCUACCAGCUGGUUCUGCUCAAUAUGCCGACCUCUUCCUGCUGUCCAAAGCCGAGUUCAUUCUGACGUAGAUCUUUAUGGCACCAGCGAAGAUGGCUUUGAAACUUUCACCAGUCAUCUCUCUUCCUAAGAGCACCUACUUACGCUAGUUUUGUCUGCCUAAAUCUGAGGCCAUUUUAUCCUUUUCCCCGGGAUCUGCAUUUGUUUUUUUUUUCAAACAGAAGUUGGACUACU